CCAGUUAUGGAUGCCUUUCUGUGUUGUUGUUCAAAGCAUUGAAUAAAAAAAAACUUUCUGAGCCAGUAAGCGCCCCCUUGAGGUGGACAUCUGUGUGUGUCAAAACAGCACCAGUAGUCAACAAUGAUUUUUCCAAGUUAUCCAUUCUAUCCUGGAAGCGUUGUGCGCUCUUGAGUUUGACGCGUGUAAUUGCACUUCCGGUGAUCUCGACGCUAGAAUGGCUGCAGUGUUUACGUGUUGUUUGGGCUGCUGCGGGGAUGGCGGAGCGGGCCAUGCUCCCCUCAAAGAAAUGCCCACCGUGCAGCUAGACACGCACCACAUGGGGACGGAUGUGGUCAUAGUGAAAAGUGGGAGGCGGAUCUGUGGAACUGGAGCCUGUCUUGCCAACGCCCCUCUACACCAGAACAAGAGCUAUUUUGAGUUCAAGAUCCAGUCCACGGGUGUUUGGGGGAUCGGUGUGGCCACUCAGAAGGUGAAUUUGAACCAGGUGCCGCUGGGUCGUGACAGUCACAGUUUGGUGCUUCGGCACGAUGGCUCCAUAUACCACAACAACGAGGAGAAGAACCGAUUACCUGCCAACAGCCUGCCUCAGGAGGGAGAUAUAGUGGGGGUGACCUAUGAUCAUGUUGAACUGAACCUGUACUUAAAUGGAAAGAACAUGCACUGUCCAGCCUCAGGUAUUCGAGGGACUGUGUUCCCCAUAGUUUAUGUGGACGACAGUGCCAUCAUAGACUGCCAGUUCAGUGAUUUCUACCAUACUCCACCUGAAGGCUUUGAAAAGAUUCUGUUUGAACAGCAGAUCUUUUGAAUUGUCAUCUGUGUGCAGACACACACAUAGUGUGGAGUUGAACCAUGUGUGGCAGCACGUGUUUACGAUCUCUUUCAAUGUUGCUUCUGCCUUUGCUGUUACUACUGCUGCUCUUGUCCAUUUGGAAGACAAACCAGGCUUUAUUUGUGUGUGUGUGUGUGUGUGUGUGUGUGUUUGGAUGCACACAAAUGAGAGAGAGAAUUCAAGCCAGAAAACACUUUACAUAAGCACUGAAGACACUUACUGAUAUCUAUUUUCUGUAGUGGGUGAUAUUGAUAAACUGAGCUUAUCUUUUUAUUUAACGACAGUGUACAAUGAUCAGCAACUGAUCAGCUUUGUUUUUGAUUUAAGUAGAAAUGAUUGAUGUAUCGCUGACUUUAUAUAUCUAUACAAAUAUCAACUUUCUUGAAUGAACAAUUGUAUUUGCACUAGUUUCAUGUUGAGAAUCAAACCAAACCUCUUAUUCUGUUGAUUUUUGAUGAGUCUGUUACUGUCGUUUGCCUUUCAUCUGAACUAGGCAUAUUUAUAAAUUGCUAACAAUAGCAGUUUACUGUAUUUUCCACAGUGUAUUUGAACAUUUUACCUCUGUGAUCUCUAUUGCACAUAAUAUUAAACAAGUGACUUUGGCUGACUGAGAGAUUGACUGAUUUCAGAGUGUCAAAUAGACGCUGAAAUGUUUCAGACAUGCACAAAUGUUAGACUGAAGGUAAACUUUUUUUUUUUCUUCAGAUGUGUUUUGCUUCACUGAUGUCUUGGAUCUGAAAUAAUUCACAUCUACACAGUAACUUUAAUUAUAACUAUGAACCUAAUGUUAUUGGUUACUGCAGAAAUGUUGUGUACUCUUAACACUAAAACCACUCAUGCAUUAAUUUUAUUCACACAGUUGAAUACAUAACCAAUUCUUAAGUUUUAUUGUUAACAGCAUGGCAAUGUGCUUUUCAGAAAAAGUGCUCUGAAAGAGUUUUGUCCUGUAAGAUUUGUCAAAUCUGAUUUUCAGUCCCCAAAAAAAGCUUGAAUUCUCUCUGUACACUGUGUCUUACGGUACAUUCCACAAGUGCUGUAUUUAAUAAACCUAAGUAUUCUGUCUCUGUCAAAGAGCUGUGUUAUAGUGUGAAAUGAUAAUGACUUCUAACCAAAUAAAAUAUAGACAACAAUCAAGCACCUCUACAAAAAAAAUAGUUAUA